ACAUUCCAGUUUAUAAAUCAAAGCAUCACACUAAGAAUGUCAUCAGAAGACUGUCAAGGUAAGAGUUCAUGGCCGGAGCUGGUCGGGGUCAAUGGAGAGACUGCUGCAGCAACCAUUGAGCGGGAGAACCCUUCGGUGAAUGCUAUUAUUGUCAAAGAAGGAUCCGCCGUUAUCCAGAAUUUUGACUGUAAUAGGGUUUGGGUUUGGGUUAAUAAGAAAGGCAUUGUCAUCAGUGUCCCUAAAACUGGUUAGGGUCCUAAGCUGUGUUGCUUAAAUUACUAGAACUAUUUAUAUAUAUAUAUAUAUAUUUUUUUUCGGUAAAUGAACUAUUUAUAUUUAUUGUUAUGUACGUUAUUUUUUUCUAAAAGGGAGCUCCAAGAAAUAAGUUAUAGACUUGGUAGUCUUCACAUAUUGUUGUAAACACUACUAAUUGUUAAAUAAGAGUGGCUCAAUACAAUUAAUAUA